AAUGUGGAAUAAUACAUGAAAAUAAAUAAUAAUCUCUUUUCUAUUUCAGCACAAAUUGUCUCUCCAAACAUCACAUUAUACCCUGUUUGGGAAGGCGAAUUCAGGACCUCAGCAGUCAAACUUGUUUGCACCAUGAGUGAGUUCUUUCCAGACGCACUGAGUGUGACGUGGCAACAGGACAACCGACCCUUAAACACUGGGCCAACCCAAAGGAAGCUGCAGAGUGUGGGAGAGGAGAAGACCUUCAGUUUAAGCAGUGAGAUUGAGCCGAAUAAGUCAGAGUGGGAAAAAGGCUCAAAUUUUUCAUGCAAUUCUAGGCACAACGACAAAGACUUUACAAAAUCCAUAAGUAUUUGUGAAAUAUACGGAAGAACUCCUCCUUCUAUUCAUGUGAAGCUUCCCAGCUUCAAGACAGUAAUCAUGGCAGCAACUGAGGUGACAGCAACUUGUGAGGUCCACACUGUCUUUGAUGCCAGCUUGACCUGGCUGAUAGAUGACAAACCUCUGCCCAGUGACCAAGUGAAGCAGGCCACAAACUCAACUCAUAUAAUCAGCAGUCUGACAGUUUCCGUAAGUCAGUGGAAAGCGAUGAAGCUUCUAAAAUGUAAAGCUGAACAUACAUGCUUCUCAUCCGCUGAGAAGACCAUAAAUGUUACAGGGCCUCCAGUUACACAUCCAUCAGUGGAGAUCAGGAGAUUUCUCCCAGAUAUACUGAAAGGCAACAGAACUGUGCUUGAAUGUUACAUCACACAACUCUCCUCCAGUGAUGUCUACGUCACUUUUCAGGCCGACAAUGUUGACAUCUCUGAUAAACAGUUUGUUGAUCUUCCUGAAGCCCCAGGCCCUCAUUCAAUCAGUAAAUACUUCACUGUCCCCCAAAACAACUGGUAUAAUACCGGAGGUUUCACCUGCACAGUGAAUCUCGGCAUCUCCAGCGACAAAAUCCCGUCAAGAGCCAUUGACAAUAUUUCUGUGGAUCCAUCAGUGGAGCUCCUUCUACUUCCCAGUGAAGAGUCAGGAUCACAGACACUCGUAUGCUCUGGAUGGGGAUUCAACCCUCAAAUUAAAUGGCUUUCUGAGUCUCAGCAAAAAGCUCCAUCAACUACUGACACCAGUGUGGCUGCAGAUGGACGUGUAGCAGUAACCAGUCAACUACGCGUCCCCAAAACAGAGUGGAAGACAGGGAAGGGCUUCACUUGUGAAGUGUCUGACGGGUCUCUGAAUAAAAAUGUCAGAAAGACCAUCAGCUUCUGCUCAGCUCAUUCAAGCAACCCUCCUUCCAUUCAUGUGAAGAUCCCCAGCUUCAAGACAGUAAUCAUGGCAGCAACUGAGGUGACAGCAACUUGUGAGGCCCAAACUGCCUUUGAUGCCAACUUGACCUGGCUGAUAGAUGACAAACCUCUGCCCAGUGACCAAGUGAAGCAGGCCACAAACUCAACUCAUAUAAUCAGCAGUCUGACAGUUUCCGUAAGUCAGUGGAAAACAAUGAAGCUUCUAAAAUGUAAAGCUGAACAUACAUGCUUCUCAUCCGCUGAGAAGACCAUAAAUGUUACAGGGCCUCCAGUUACACAUCCAUCAGUGGAGAUCAGGAGAUUUCUCCCAGAUAUACUGAAAGGCAACAGAACUGUGCUUGAAUGUUACAUCACACAACUCUCCUCCAGUGAUGUCUACGUCACUUUUCAGGCCGACAAUGUUGACAUCUCUGAUAAACAGUUUGUUGAUCUUCCUGAAGCCCCAGGCCCUCAUUCAAUCAGUAAAUACUUCACUGUCCCCCAAAACAACUGGUAUAAUACCGGAGGUUUCACCUGCACAGUGAAUCUCGGCAUCUCCAGCGCCAAAACCCAGUCAAGAGCCAUUGACAAUAUUUCUGUGGAUCCAUCAGUGGAGCUCCUUCUACUUCCCAGUGAAGAGUCAGGAUCACAGACACUGGUAUGCUCUGGAUGGGGAUUCAACCCUCAAAUUAAAUGGCUUUCUGAGUCUCAGCAAAAAGCUCCAUCAACUACUGACACCAGUGUGGCUGCAGAUGGACGUGUAGCAGUAACCAGUCAACUACGCGUCCCCAAAACAGAGUGGAAGACAGGGAAGGGCUUCACUUGUGAAGUGUCUGACGGGUCUCUGAAUAAAAAUGUCAGAAAGACCAUCAGCUUCUGCUCAGCUCAUUCAAGCAACCCUCCUUCCAUUCAUGUGAAGAUCCCCAGCUUCAAGACAGUAAUCAUGGCAGCAACUGAGGUGACAGCAACUUGUGAGGCCCAAACUGCCUUUGAUGCCAACUUGACCUGGCUGAUAGAUGACAAACCUCUGCCCAGUGACCAAGUGAAGCAGGCCACAAACUCAACUCAUAUAAUCAGCAGUCUGACAGUUUCCGUAAGUCAGUGGAAAACAAUGAAGCUUCUAAAAUGUAAAGCUGAACAUACAUGCUUCUCAUCCGCUGAGAAGACCAUAAAUGUUACAGGGCCUCCAGUUACACGUCCAUCAGUGGAGAUCAGGAGAUUUCUCCCAGAUAUACUGAAAGGCAACAGAACUGUGCUUGAAUGUUACAUCACACAACUCUCCUCCAGUGAUGUCUAUGUCACUUUUCAGGCCGACAAUGUUGACAUCUCUGAUAAACAGUUUGUUGAUCUUCCUGAAGCCCCAGGCCCUCAUUCAAUCAGUAAAUACUUCACUGUCCCCCAAAACAACUGGUAUAAUACCGGAGGUUUCACCUGCACAGUGAAUCUCGGCAUCUCCAGCGCCAAAACCCAGUCAAGAGCCAUUGACAAUAUUUCUGUGGAUCCAUCAGUGGAGCUCCUUCUACUUCCCAGUGAAGAGUCAGGAUCACAGACACUGGUAUGCUCUGGAUGGGGAUUCAACCCUCAAAUUAAAUGGCUUUCUGAGUCUCAGCAAAAAGCUCCAUCAACUACUGACACCAGUGUGGCUGCAGAUGGACGUGUAGCAGUAACCAGUCAACUACGCGUCCCCAAAACAGAGUGGAAGACAGGGAAGGGCUUCACUUGUGAAGUGUCUGACGGGUCUCUGAAUAAAAAUGUCAGCAAGACCAUCAGCCUUUGCUCAGCUCAUUCAAGCAACCCUCCUUCCAUUCAUGUGAAGAUCCCCAGCUUCAAGACAGUAAUCAUGGCAGCAACUGAGGUGACAGCAACUUGUGAGGCCCAAACUGCCUUUGAUGCCAACUUGACCUGGCUGAUAGAUGACAAACCUCUGCCCAGUGACCAAGUGAAGCAGGCCACAAACUCAACUCAUAUAAUCAGCAGUCUGACAGUUUCCGUAAGUCAGUGGAAAACAAUGAAGCUUCUAAAAUGUAAAGCUGAACAUACAUGCUUCUCAUCCGCUGAGAAGACCAUAAAUGUUACAGGGCCUCCAGUUACACAUCCAUCAGUGGAGAUCAGGAGAUUUCUCCCAGAUAUACUGAAAGGCAACAGAACUGUGCUUGAAUGUUACAUCACACAACUCUCCUCCAGUGAUGUCUACGUCACUUUUCAGGCCGACAAUGUUGACAUCUCUGAUAAACAGUUUGUUGAUCUUCCUGAAGCCCCAGGCCCUCAUUCAAUCAGUAAAUACUUCACUGUCCCCCAAAACAACUGGUAUAAUACCGGAGGUUUCACCUGCACAGUGAAUCUCGGCAUCUCCAGCGCCAAAACCCAGUCAAGAGCCAUUGACAAUAUUUCUGUGGAUCCAUCAGUGGAGCUCCUUCUACUUCCCAGUGAAGAGUCAGGAUCACAGACACUGGUAUGCUCUGGAUGGGGAUUCAACCCUCAAAUUAAAUGGCUUUCUGAGUCUCAGCAAAAAGCUCCAUCAACUACUGACACCAGUGUGGCUGCAGAUGGACGUGUAGCAGUAACCAGUCAACUACGCGUCCCCAAAACAGAGUGGAAGACAGGGAAGGGCUUCACUUGUGAAGUGUCUGACGGGUCUCUGAAUAAAAAUGUCAGCAAGACCAUCAGCCUUUGCUCAGCUCAUUCAAGCAACCCUCCUUCCAUUCAUGUGAAGAUCCCCAGCUUCAAGACAGUAAUCAUGGCAGCAACUGAGGUGACAGCAACUUGUGAGGCCCAAACUGCCUUUGAUGCCAACUUGACCUGGCUGAUAGAUGACAAACCUCUGCCCAGUGACCAAGUGAAGCAGGCCACAAACUCAACUCAUAUAAUCAGCAGUCUGACAGUUUCCGUAAGUCAGUGGAAAACAAUGAAGCUUCUAAAAUGUAAAGCUGAACAUACAUGCUUCUCAUCCGCUGAGAAGACCAUAAAUGUUACAGGGCCUCCAGUUACACGUCCAUCAGUGGAGAUCAGGAGAUUUCUCCCAGAUAUACUGAAAGGCAACAGAACUGUGCUUGAAUGUUACAUCACACAACUCUCCUCCAGUGAUGUCUACGUCACUUUUCAGGCCGACAAUGUUGACAUCUCUGAUAAACAGUUUGUUGAUCUUCCUGAAGCCCCAGGCCCUCAUUCAAUCAGUAAAUACUUCACUGUCCCCCAAAACAACUGGUAUAAUACCGGAGGUUUCACCUGCACAGUGAAUCUCGGCAUCUCCAGCGCCAAAACCCAGUCAAGAGCCAUUGACAAUAUUUCUGUGGAUCCAUCAGUGGAGCUCCUUCUACUUCCCAGUGAAGAGUCAGGAUCACAGACACUGGUAUGCUCUGGAUGGGGAUUCAACCCUCAAAUUAAAUGGCUUUCUGAGUCUCAGCAAAAAGCUCCAUCAACUACUGACACCAGUGUGGCUGCAGAUGGACGUGUAGCAGUAACCAGUCAACUACGCGUCCCCAAAACAGAGUGGAAGACAGGGAAGGGCUUCACUUGUGAAGUGUCUGACGGGUCUCUGAAUAAAAAUGUCAGCAAGACCACCAGCCUUUGCUCAGCUCAUUCAAGCAACCCUCCUUCCAUUCAUGUGAAGAUCCCCAGCUUCAAGACAGUAAUCAUGGCAGCAACUGAGGUGACAGCAACUUGUGAGGCCCAAACUGCCUUUGAUGCCAACUUGACCUGGCUGAUAGAUGACAAACCUCUGCCCAGUGACCAAGUGAAGCAGGCCACAAAUUCAACUCAUAUAAUCAGCAGUCUGACAGUUUCCGUAAGUCAGUGGAAAACAAUGAAGCUUCUAAAAUGUAAAGCUGAACAUACAUGCUUCUCAUCCGCUGAGAAGACCAUAAAUGUUACAGGGCCUCCAGUUACACGUCCAUCAGUGGAGAUCAGGAGAUUUCUCCCAGAUAUACUGAAAGGCAACAGAACUGUGCUUGAAUGUUACAUCACACAACUCUCCUCCAGUGAUGUCUACGUCACUUUUCAGGCCGACAAUGUUGACAUCUCUGAUAAACAGUUUGUUGAUCUUCCUGAAGCCCCAGGCCCUCAUUCAAUCAGUAAAUACUUCACUGUCCCCCAAAACAACUGGUAUAAUACCGGAGGUUUCACCUGCACAGUGAAUCUCGGCAUCUCCAGCGACAAAACCCAGUCAAGAGCCAUUGACAAUAUUUCUGUGGAUCCAUCAGUGGAGCUCCUUCUACUUCCCAGUGAAGAGUCAGGAUCACAGACACUCGUAUGCUCUGGAUGGGGAUUCAACCCUCAAAUUAAAUGGCUUUCUGAGUCUCAGCAAAAAGCUCCAUCAACUACUGACACCAGUGUGGCUGCAGAUGGACGUGUAGCAGUAACUAGUCAACUACGCGUCCCCAAAACAGAGUGGAAGACAGGGAAGGGCUUCACUUGUGAAGUGUCUGACGGGUCUCUGAAUAAAAAUGUCAGCAAGACCAUCAGCCUUUGCUCAGCUCAUUCAAGCAACCCUCCUUCCAUUCAUGUGAAGAUCCCCAGCUUCAAGACAGUAAUCAUGGCAGCAACUGAGGUGACAGCAACUUGUGAGGCCCAAACUGCCUUUGAUGCCAACUUGACCUGGCUGAUAGAUGACAAACCUCUGCCCAGUGACCAAGUGAAGCAGGCCACAAAUUCAACUCAUAUAAUCAGCAGUCUGACAGUUUCCGUAAGUCAGUGGAAAACAAUGAAGCUUCUAAAAUGUAAAGCUGAACAUACAUGCUUCUCAUCCGCUGAGAAGACCAUAAAUGUUACAGGGCCUCCAGUUACACGUCCAUCAGUGGAGAUCAGGAGAUUUCUCCCAGAUAUACUGAAAGGCAACAGAACUGUGCUUGAAUGUUACAUCACACAACUCUCCUCCAGUGAUGUCUACGUCACUUUUCAGGCCGACAAUGUUGACAUCUCUGAUAAACAGUUUGUUGAUCUUCCUGAAGCCCCAGGCCCUCAUUCAAUCAGUAAAUACUUCACUGUCCCCCAAAACAACUGGUAUAAUACCGGAGGUUUCACCUGCACAGUGAAUCUCGGCUUCUCCGGCGACAAAAUCCCGUCAAGAUCCAUUGGCAAUAUUUCUGUGGAUCCAUCAGUGGAGCUCCUUCUACUUCCCAGUGAAGAGUCAGGAUCACAGACACUCGUAUGCUCUGGAUGGGGAUUCAACCCUCAAAUUAAAUGGCUUUCUGAGUCUCAGCAAAAAGCUCCAUCAACUACUGACACCAGUGUGGCUGCAGAUGGACGUGUAGCAGUAACCAGUCAACUACGCGUCCCCAAAACAGAGUGGAAGACAGGGAAGGGCUUCACUUGUGAAAUGUCUGACGGGUAUCUGAAUAAAAAUGUCAGCAAGACCAUCAGCCUCUGCUCAGUAACUCCACCAUCAUACCAGAUAGUUGGUGUGUAUAUUUGGGGACCACCAGUCCAGCAGCUUCAGAACAAGGGAAAGGUGACUAUCACCUGUCUUCUGGUUGGCCCUCAUCUUAAUGAUUUCUCCAUCACCUGGAAAGUAGGUGGGAAAAAAUAUUCUUCGAAUGUGUAUAUGGAGCCACCAGUGAGUCACAGGAAUGGGACAGAAACUUUGCAGAGUUUCCUCAAUGUGUCAGCAGAGGAUUGGCACACAUAUAAACAAGUGUCUUGUGAGGGAAAGCACAAAUGUUCCAACCAGGGCUACGAGGACCAUAUCAGCAAAAGCAGAGAGCUACAUCCACCAACAGUGAAAAUAAUACAACCUACUGUCUCUGAGCUGUCUACGUCAGACAUCCUCGCACUGGUUUGCCUAGUUUCUGGAUUUUUCCCAUCUAACAUCAUAGUGAACUGGGAGAAGGAUGGCCAUAGACUUCCAUCAACUCAGUACACUAACAGCCCUCUAUGGAAAUUAAAUACAGGGAGCAGUUUUUCAAUGAGCAGCAGACUAAACACAUCUAAAACCAAGGACCAGGAAUCAACCUAUUCUUGUGUUGUCAGACAUGAGUCAUCUGAAACGCCUUUUAAAAGCACCAUAACGGAUGUGUUUGCCACUGUGACACCCACCCAACCUUCAGCCACCUUGGUCGAGGGCUCUGGUGAACUUGUGUGCCUGGUGUUCGGCUUCAGUCCUGCUUCCAUUAACAUCACUUGGUUCCUUGAUGACACCAAGGAGCUGUUAGACUACAACACCAGCGAACCCCACAGAGGCCCAGACGGAAAGUUCAGCAUCCGAAGUCGCCUUCGUCUGUCCCAAUCCAACUGGUUGUCCGGGGCGGUCCACACCUGCAGGGUGACACAUACAACCAUCACUCUAGCCCUGAAUAUAUCUAAACCAGAAAUCUUGGAGAACUGCGGUUUCUUAGAUGACAUCAUGCAUGCUGAUGUUAACCAGGACUUAGGAGUGGAAAGCUGGUAUAUGGCUUUCAUGUUCCUCCUGUUUUUCCUCAUCUCCAUGGUCUAUGGUGUCUUGGCUACCCUGAUCAAGACUAAAUGAUGACGACCACAGGACAACUCAAAUUUUAUGAUCUCAAUGUGGACUUUUGACAGCACAUGGCCAGAAAAGUUCUGGUGAACUCAUUUUCAUUUUGUUGUUUUUUUCUCUCAUUUCAGUAUAUAGAAUUUGUUGAUACUAUAUUGAUUUCUUUUUAUGUUUCAGUUUUAUAGUUGGUGUGGCAUGUAUAUUAGUAAUUCAUGUGUGUAAGAAAGAAGGAAACAACAACAAAAUAUAAAUAUAAAUAUAAAUGAAGCUGUAAAUUCUGACUUUGAAAUUCAAAUAUCAAUG